GAGCAUUCUAGGAGCUCUCUGGGCUACAGCUGAGUUUCAGGGACCACGGGAGGCUUGGAGGAGAGAACAGCUCUGCUCAUCAUGACCUGGUGACCCACAUGCCCUGGUGCCAGCCAAGUGCGCUUCCUUCUCUCAACCACCUCUGGGGAUAGAAAGGAUGACCAUUCCCAUCUUAUAGAUGGAGAAGCAGAGGCUCAGAGGAGUCAAGUGACCCACCCAUGAUAGCAAGUGGGUGGGUGGGUGCUGGAACGGUCUUGCUGAUCUCCAGUGAAUGCACCUGCUGCUUCCUCAUCUUCUUGAUCAACCCCCCACCCCACUUGGCUGUCCCCACCUCACAGUGCGAGGGGAUAAAGGCAACAGUGCAGAAACACGUGCAGAACUUGCGACACAGUAAGGAGGAGCUAAACAGGCUGAACCAGGCCAUCCAGCGGCUGACAGCAGAAGUGGAUGGCACCAAGAGCCAGCCCUGUGAACCAGAGAGAGGCAAGGACCCAGCCGCUCUGCAGAAGGAAAGUGCCUCAGGAAGCGCCAAGGGCAAGCUGGUCUGGCUGGAAGCUGCCCUGCAGAAGGCCAAGCAGGACAUGGUGCGGCAGCUGCGUGAGUACCAGAAGCUCAUGAUCGUCAAGCUGGGCCUGGAGUUUGAGAUCGCCAUCUACAGGAAACUGCUGGAGGGCGAGGAGAGCAGGCUUGGUCUGGGAUUUGGGGCAGGAAAUGUCACCGCUCUCCGCUCAGUCCUGGGAAGUGCUCCCACCGGCCUGCCGGGCUCAGCCUCGGGCGCCGAGGCGCUGCUGCCGCCCGGAGCGGGUCCCAGCUCCGUGGAGACGAGCGCCCCUGGCGGCGGCUGUGCCCUCUGCGGCUCCCCCGGCUGUGUCGCGGGUUUACGCUGCAGCGGCUCACGCGGAUGCUGAAUCCUUCCUGCCCCACUCCGGAGAAGUUAAGGAACCCUAGCUUCCUCCCCAGUGACUUGGACCUCUAUCUCAGAUGCCCUCUCCCAUGGUUCCGACCCUCGUCUUACCUCUCCCUCUUGUCCCCGACCCUAGAGUAUAAAGUCUUUGAAUGCAGUUUACUGGACCAUGGUAGACCCGUCCCCAGUGUGGGGAUAGGCUGGACGCUGUGCCACUGGGAAGCAUGGCAUUUGUCUUCCCUGGACACAGCACCCUUCCCCUCUGAACUGCCCC